AUGGCCGCCUCCAUCGCGGCCUCGUCCCUCUUUCCAGGGUCGCCGGCGCCGGCACCGGCCGCUCCUAAGAACGUCCUUGGGGAGCGCCCGGAGAGCCUGGACGUCCGCGGCGUGGCGGCGAAGCCGGGAGCCUCGUCCAAUGCCGUGAGGGCGGGCAAGACGCGCGCCCACGCUGCCGUCCCCAAGGUGAACGGUGGGGGCAAGUCUGCGGUGGCGGAUGGGGAGCACGAGACCGUACCUUCCUCGGUGCCGAAGACUUUCUACAACCAGCUUCCCGACUGGAGCAUGCUCCUUGCGGCCAUCACUACCAUCUUCUUGGCCGCCGAGAAGCAGUGGACGAUGCUUGACUGGAAGCCCAGGCGGCCUGACAUGCUCACUGACACCUUUGGGUUUGGCCGGAUCAUACAUGAUGGGCUCAUGUUCAGGCAGAACUUCUCCAUUAGGUCCUAUGAGAUAGGGGCGGAUAGGACGGCAUCUAUAGAGACACUGAUGAACCAUUUGCAGGAAACGGCACUUAAUCAUGUGAAGACCGCUGGGCUGCUAGGUGAUGGAUUUGGCUCCACACCAGAGAUGAGUAAAAGAAACUUGUUCUGGGUGGUUAGCCAAAUGCAGGCCAUCGUCGAGCUUUAUCCAUGCUGGGGUGAUACUGUUGAAGUAGAUACAUGGGUUAGUGCUAAUGGUAAAAAUGGAAUGCGUAGGGAUUGGCAUAUACGUGAUUCUAUAACAGGCCACACGAUACUGAAGGCAACAAGUAAAUGGGUUAUGAUGAACAAACUUACUAGGAAGCUUGCAAGAAUUCCAGAUGAAGUGCGGACUGAAAUAGAGCCAUACUUUUUUGAGCGUUCUGCUAUUGUUGAUGAAGACAACCGCAAGCUUCCAAAACUGCCAGAUGGUCAAAGCACUUCUGUAGCUAAAUAUGUGAGGACAGGGCUGACUCCUCGGUGGGCUGAUCUUGAUAUAAAUCAGCAUGUCAAUAAUGUUAAAUACAUUGCGUGGAUUCUUGAGAGUGCACCGAUCUCUAUUCUUGAGAAUCAUGAACUGGCGAGUAUUGUGCUGGAUUACAAAAGGGAGUGUGGCCGGGAUAGUGUGCUGCAGUCACACACCUCUGUGCACACGGAUUGCAACAGUGAGUCUGGAGAGACAACCUUGCACUGUGAGCAUGUGCUGAGCCUUGAAUCAGGUCCGACCAUGGUGAAGGCCCGGACCAUGUGGAGGCCUAAGCGAACCAAGGCCCAAGAAACAGUGGUUCCAUCUUCAUUUUGA